CACUGACUGAACCCUCUCGAACUCCCCGCGUACUACGAGAAGCCUCCACUUCCACUCACUGCUUCGGUUUCUAGGGUUUCGGUUUCGUCUUUGAUUUUGUCCUACUUUCCCAUCUCCCAUUUCAUCCCUCUCCAUUCUGUCUUCUCGCAAGAGUUUCAGCACUAAUCAAUGGCUGCGAUUGCAAUUCCCCAACCUCGAGCUUCAAAAACUGAGUCUUACGUCGACAAUAAGCGCAAGGAAGACGUACGCCAUGCCAACAUCGUCGCCGCUCGAGCCGUGGCUAAUGCCGUUAGAACCAGUCUUGGCCCAAAGGGCAUGGACAAGAUGAUCUCCACUGCUUCUGGCGAGGUCAUCAUCACCAAUGACGGCGCCACCAUUCUUAAUAAGAUGGAAGUCCUUCAGCCCGCUGCGAAAAUGCUCGUUGAGCUCUCCAAGUCCCAGGAUGCCGCUGCCGGUGAUGGUACUACUACCGUGGUUGUUAUUGCCGGUGCUCUGCUUGAAAAAUGUCUUUUACUUCUGUCGCAUGGGAUUCAUCCUACUGUCAUUUCGGAUUCGCUGCACAAGGCCUCGAUUAAAGCCGUUGAUGUGCUUACUGCUAUGGCUGUACCUGUUGAGCUUUCAGACCGAGAUUCUUUGAUCAAAUCUGCCAGCACUUCGCUUAAUAGCAAAGUGGUUAGUCAGUACUCGACGCUGUUGGCACCUCUUGCUGUUGAUGCUGUGUUAUCUGGUGUCGAUCCGGCCAAGCCUGACAUGGUCGAUCUUCGUGACAUCAAGAUUGUGAAGAAGCUUGGUGGAACGGUGGAUGACACUGAACUGGUGAAGGGAUUGGUGUUUGAUAAGAAGGCUAGUCACGCUGCUGGAGGUCCUACGCGCAUGGAAAAUGCUAAGAUUGCUGUGAUUCAAUUCCAGAUUUCUCCCCCCAAGACUGAUAUUGAGCAGAGUAUCGUGGUUAGUGAUUACAGCCAGAUGGAUAGAAUAUUGAAAGAAGAACGGAAUUAUAUUCUAGGCAUGAUUAAGAAGAUAAAGGCAACGGGUUGCAAUGUGUUGUUGAUCCAGAAGAGUAUCCUAAGAGAUGCUGUGACGGACUUAUCUUUGCAUUACCUUGCAAAAGCAAAAAUUUUGGUGGUUAAGGAUGUGGAGCGAGAUGAGAUUGAAUUUAUUACAAAGACUCUGAAUUGUAUGCCGAUAGCAAAUAUUGAGCAUUUCCGUGCUGAAAAGCUGGGACAUGCGGAUCUUGUAGAGGAGGUUUCUCUUGGGGAUGGGAAGGUUGUCAAAAUUACUGGUAUAAAGGAUAUGGGAAGGACCACAACUGUGCUUGUUCGUGGAUCAAAUCAGCUAGUGAUAGAUGAAGCAGAGCGGAGUUUGCACGAUGCUUUGUGUGUUGUUCGAUGUUUAGUCAGCAAGAAGUUUUUGAUUGCUGGCGGUGGUGCCCCUGAGAUUGAGCUGUCGAGGCAACUGGGUGCCUGGGCAAAGGUGUUACACGGGAUGGAGGGUCAUUGUAUUCGAGCUUUUGCCGAGGCACUUGAAGUCAUUCCGUAUACGCUAGCUGAGAAUGCAGGUUUGAAUCCUAUUGUAAUUGUUACUGAGCUGAGGAAUCGCCAUGCUCAGGGUGAAAUAAAUGCUGGAAUUAAUGUGAGGAAGGGGCAGAUCACGAACAUCUUGGAGGAGAAUGUGGUGCAGCCACUGCUUGUGAGUACAAGUGCCAUCACCUUAGCAACGGAGUGCGUGCGGAUGAUUUUGAAGAUUGACGAUAUUGUAACUGUGAGGUAGUGUGGGUUGAACAGUGACAAGUUUGGAGAAAUAUUUAAUCAUCAUCUUGUAUUACUUGCCGUAUUUCGAGUUGAUAGUUUAUGCACCUUUAAUGACUUUGCUUAGUGAUUUUGACUUGAUUUGGUUCCUGUUUUCUUAAAAUUUUGUUGGCCUUGCGUUGCUUCUUGUAGUCAUUACAAGUCUUUUAACUCAUUGUGUUUUGGGAGAUUAUGAAUUGGAGAUCUUUUUCUUCGGGCCACUA